GUUCCUUGGCAUGUUCCAUGUGGUGGCAUUUGCUAUGGAGAUGGAAAUCUGGUCUUCAUAGCAAAUGAUUGGCAUACUGCAUUGCUGCCGGUGUAUCUGAAAGCGUAUUAUCGCGACCAUGGUUUGAUGCACUAUACAAGAUCGGUUCUCGUGAUUCAUAACAUAGCUCACCAGGGUCGGGGCCCGGUCGAGGAUUUCAACACCGUGGAUUUAUCUGGAAACUACUUAGACCUUUUCAAAAUGUACGACCCUGUUGGAGGUGAGCACUUCAACAUCUUUGCAGCCGGUUUAAAAACCGCAGACAGGAUUGUUACCGUCAGUCACGGUUACGCCUGGGAGCUUAAAACUUCUGAAGGUGGUUGGGGUUUGCAUAACAUCAUAAAUGAAAACGACUGGAAAUUUCGGGGAAUUGUGAACGGUGUCGACACAAAAGAUUGGAACCCUCAAUUCGACGCUUUCUUGACAUCAGACGGCUACACUAACUACAACCUGAAAACCCUACGAACCGGUAAGCCUCAAUGUAAAGCAGCUUUGCAAAAGGAGCUCGGGUUGCCUGUCCGCGAGGACGUUCCGAUAAUUUCCUUCAUCGGAAGGCUCGAUCACCAGAAAGGUGUUGAUCUUAUAGCCGAAGUGAUUCCUUGGAUGAUGAGCCACGAUGUUCAACUAGUCAUGUUGGGAACGGGAAGAGUUGAUUUAGAAAAAAUGCUAAAGGAAUUCGAAGGCCAACACCGCGAUAAAAUUCGAAGUUGGGUUGGUUUUUCGGUUAAGAUGGCUCAUAGGAUAACAGCAGGUUCAGAUAUAUUACUCAUGCCGUCAAGAUUCGAGCCGUGUGGACUGAAUCAACUCUAUGCGAUGAGUUACGGAACAGUUCCUGUUGUACACGGGGUGGGCGGACUCCGAGACACAGUGCAGCCUUUUAAUCCGUUCGAUGAAUCGGGUGUUGGUUGGACGUUUGAUCGCGCCGAUGCCAACAAGUUAAUGACGGCAUUAUGGAAUUGCUUAUUGACUUAUACGGAUUAUAAAAAGAGCUGGGAAGGGAUUCAAGAAAGAGGGAUGUCACAGGAUCUUAGUUGGGACAAUGCUGCUCAACAAUAUGAAGAGGUACUUGUUGCUGCCAAAUACCAAUGGUGA